AUGAGGGAUUUCGAGGCCAGAUUGAACAAGCUCCUCACGUGGAUCAAUGAGUGUGUCCCUACAGCGGGGUCUGCUCCUUUUGUGUCUUCGAGGAUCACAGUGAAAAAUUCCCCCGACUCUGGUAGAGGGCUCUAUGCUGUGGAUCACAUCAGAGCUCUGGAGAAAAUCGUCACGAUCCCACACUCCCUUUUGCUCAAUUACACGACGGUUAUGGCGCAUAUAUCGAAAUUUGCACCAUUUUCUUUGCAGGAGCCCUACUAUGGCAAGGUGAAUGUGCCGUCCACUCCUAUAGAUCCAGUGACAGAGAUAUAUAAGACUUUCUCGCUAGAUACAUUGCUUAGACUUCUGUCUUUCCAAUUAUUGGGCUUAUACUUGGUUUUGGAAAAGAGACGAGGCGAGAAUUCGUUUUGGAAGCCGUUCUUGGAUAUGUUGCCUGAGCUUGAUGAGCUCUCUCUGGCUCCCAUUGUGUGGACCAUAUUGAAGCAUUCAGAGGCAGAGCACUUGACUAGAAUGUUGCCGAGAUCCACUCGAAAACACACCAAUGAUGUGGUGAGCAGGUUCGAAAACGACUAUAAUAGAGUGUCAGAUUUUCUCGGCUCUGCAACCCACAUCUCCAAAGAAGACUUCCUAUGGGCGUGGAUGUGUAUCAAUUCUCGUUGUCUAUACAUGGAGAUGCCUCAAAAAUCUGAUGCUAGCGAUAACUUCACGUUGGCCCCCUAUGUGGAUUUUCUAAAUCACCUGGGCAAUGAUGAGUGUGGCAUUAAAAUCGAUGCCCAUGGCUUCCAUGUGCUCACCUCCACACCUUACAAACCGGAUAGCGAGUUGUACUUCAGUUAUGGACCGCACUCUAACGAGUUUCUCUUGUGUGAGUACGGUUUCACCCUUGCGUACAACAAGUGGAAUUAUGUAGAUAUCUCAGACUUGAUUAUGCCUUUGCUUCGACCCCAACAGGUGGCUUUUUUGAAGGAGUCGGGCUAUUAUGGCGAUUACACUGUGAACGAACAGGGAGCCUCAUUCAGAACGGAAGUCGCCCUAGCGACGUUACAGGAGAAUGAGCCGUCCGCAUCAAGGAAGCUUAAAGCUUUUGUAGACGGGGUGAUUGACGGCUUGGUCUAUCAGAGCAAAAGCUGGCGUCUCCUAGGCCAGAUAAUGAAAAAACUCAUCGGCGACAGUGAUAAGAAGCUUGCGUCGGAGUUUCUGAGUCCUGAAGGCAGAGCUCUCGCAACCCUUUAUAAAGACACCAAAAUGAUUGCCGAAAAGACAUUGAAGGGGUUGCAAUGA